AUGGAUAUGGUUAGAUCAAUGAUGAGUUAUUCAGAUUUGCCCAUUUCGUUUUGGGGGUAUGCCAUAGAAACAACAACAUAUAUUCUGAAUUUGGUUCCAUCUAAGUCAGUACCUAAAACUCCUACAGAACUGUGGACUGGGCGUGGGCGAAAGCCAAAGUCUAAGACAGUUCGGAUGUGGGGUUGUCCAGCCCAUGUUGCUGAAAGGGGAAAAGCACCCCCUGAUAAGUUGGAAUCAAAAAACAGAACUUUAUGCUUCUUUUAUUGGAUCAUCCUAGAGGAACGAAAAGUCGCAGCAGUGGAAGGAAAUGUUAGUCGCACCAGUAAAAUCAACAUCAAGAAACCUGAACAUUCAGAGCACAAUGUUGGGGCUUCUAACAUUUCAUUGCCUCCUGGUGAUGACAGACAUGUUGAAGUUCCAGAACAUGAUCCAAAUGUAGUCCCACCAGUCAUGGAUUUGCCGGCUUUACAGCCACAGCAAGAUGAAGGUGUGAUUGCAGAACCUGUAGUACUUCGUCGUAGUGAGAGAAUUAGACGACCACCGGUUCGAUAUACACUUUUGGGAGAAGCUUUUGAUAGAAUCCCUGAAGAAGUGAAUAUUGAACCUGUUUGUUACGAUGAAGCACUACAAGAUAAAGAUGCUGAUAAGUGGCUUGUAGCUAUGAAAUUUGAGAUGGAGUCCAUGUACUCUAAUCAAGUCUGA